CAUGUCACAUACAGCCAAAAAACGUAAACAUUCAUCUAAAUCCAUCGCAAAUAGGCAAACGCGAUAUAAUCCCAGAUCCUAAAAUGUGGAAUGAGGAAUUUAAUGUUUUUAAAAAUGAUAAGACACCGCAGGCGCCGGCAACAAAGGUAAACCGAGCGAAUCUACCCCGGCGGGCAAGGAACUUUAGCAAAGAACAGCUUCAAAAGGCACUUCGGAAGAAAAAAGAAUGUAACGACAGGGCUCAACGCAUCGUUGAAACAUUGAUUGAACCGGGACGCACAGAGGACGAGCUGCUCACCCUCGUAAGGGACAUUAACCAAUGCCACAUGGACGACAUCAUCCAGGAGCGUGCAAUUGUGAAGAUCUGUGGUUAUCCACUGUGCGAUAAUGCGCUCACAAAUAUACCGAAGCAACAGUAUGUGAUAUCCGUUACCCGAAACAAGGUGUACGACAUCACGGAAAGGAAGAACUUCUGUAGCGGCCAUUGCUACAAAGCAUCAAACUUUAUCAAACAGCAAAUGUUAACAAGCCCCCUUUGGUUGCGGGACCAGGAGGACAUACCGAACUUCCGGCUGAUCAAUGGCAGGCACCUUAUUUAUCGGGAAACGGACGUAAAGAAACCGUUGCAACCGAGUGAAGUGGUAUUUGGAGAGUUGAAAAUUGUAGAACGAACGUAUGAUCCAAAAGAACAGGAAGAAAUAUUGAAAAAGGAACUACUGCGAGACGACUGUUCAACGGGUCAGAUGGCAGGAACGGCAGUUCAGGAUGCUGUCGGUGUGGAGGGAGCAUUGGAAAAUGUGCUUUCACAGUUAAAAAUUUAGGGGAAAAUUAUGGUAUAUGUUUUGUGAUAAAGUGUAAUAAAACGAAUGCGUGAAAUAAUUAAAAAUAAUUAAAUCGA